UCCAAAACUUGGAGGUACUCGCCGCCCCGUGGUUGGCACCGUCGUCUCCAUGCCGUUGGACCAGCCAGCGUCCGCCCGGCGCGCCCCCACCUUCCACGCGCAUCCUGAGGCCGACGCGAGGCAGCUCCUCGGCGCGCUCCUGCCGCGGCGCGCGGCCACCGCCCGCCACGUCCAGCAGGCGCACGCCCGCCUCGCCGUCCUCGGCCUCGCCACCGCGCGCGUCCUCCCGCCCCUCCUCGCGGCCCUCCCCCGCCUCCCGCCGCUCCACGACGGCGCCUCCUCCUCCUCCUACCCGCUCUCCCUGUUCCGCCGCUCCAACUCCUCCUCCGCCUUCGCGUCCAACCACCUCCUCCGCGUGCUCCCCCACCCGCUCCCGCUCCGCCUCUUCCCCGGCCUCCGGCGCCGCAACCCCCAUUCCUUCACCUUCCUUCUCUCCUCCCUCUCCACCCACCUCGACGCCGACCGCGCCGGCGGCCCGGCCUCCUCCUCUCUGGGCUCCCACGUGCACGCGCUGGCCGUGAAGGCGGGCGCCGCGGCGGAUCUCUACGUGCGGAACGCGCUGACGCACUUCUACGGCGUCUGCGGCGACGUGGGAGCGAUGCGGAGGGUGUUCGACGAGCUGCCGCGCGUGCGGGACGUCGUGACCUGGAACGCGGUCCUCGCUGGGUACGUCCGAGCGGGCAUGGCGAGGGUUGCACGAGAGAUGUUUGAUGAAAUGCCGGUGAGAGACGAGGUUUCCUGGAGCACCGUGGUGGGCGGGUAUGUGAAGGAAGGGGAGCUGGACGUGGCACUGGCGGUGUUUAGGGAUAUGGUGGAGAAGGGCGUGAGGGUGAAUGAGGCUGCGGUGGUGACAGCAUUGUCGGCGGCCGCACAGCUGGGUUUGCUUGAGCAUGGCAGGUUUGUGCACCAGGUUGUCCAUCAAGAAGGGAUGCCGAUCAGUGUCAAUGUAGGGGCUGCCAUGGUGGAUAUGUAUGCCAAGUGCGGCUGUGUGGCAGUGGCGAGGGAAGUUUUUGAUGGGAUGCCGAGGAGGGAUGUUUUUGCAUGGAACGCCAUGAUCUGUGGACUUGCUGCUCAUGGGUUGGGACAGGAUGCAGUGGAACUCUUUGAACUGUUUCUCGGCGAGGGUUUGAGUCCAACGAACAUUACGUUUGUUGGCGUGCUAAAUGCCUGCAGCCGCUUUGGCCUUGUUGCUGAGGGGCGGCAGUAUUUUGAAUUGAUGGCUGAAAAAUAUAGUGUUGAGCCAGAAAUGGAGCAUUACGGCUGCAUGGUUGAUCUUCUAGGUCGGGCUGGUCUUGUUCAAGAAGCCAUUGAAUUGAUCGAAGGGAUGCCUAUUGCACCUGAUCCAGUUCUCUGGGGCACUGUACUCUCGGCUUGCAAGAAACAUGGCCUGGUGGACUUGGGGGUCAAGGUUGGUAGCAAGCUAAUUGAACUGGAACCAGCUCAUGAUGGCCACUAUGUCCUCCUUGCAAGUAUAUAUGCGAAGGCAAAGAAAUGGGAUGAAGUCAGGGAAGUCAGGAAACUGAUGUCUAGUCGGGGUACCAGCAAGUCAGCUGGCUGGAGCUUGAUGGAAGCACAAGGAAACGUGCAUAAGUUUCUAGUAGGAGACAUGGAUCACAAGGAUUCCAUUCGGAUAUAUAACAUGCUCGACAUGAUUAACAGAAGGUUGGCAGAUGCAGGGUACGUACCAGACGUGUCAUCUGUAUUGCAUGACAUUGGAGAUGAAGAGAAGGUGCAUGCAGUCAAGGUGCACAGCGAGCGUCUGGCAAUUGCUUAUGGGUUCAUAGUUACGGAAGUUGGCAACCCAAUCCGUAUUGUUAAGAACCUUCAGGUGUGUGGGGAUUGUCAUGAAUUCAGUAAGAUGGUGACAAAGGUUUUCAAUAGGGAGAUUAUUGUGAGAGAUGGCAGUAGAUUCCAUCAUAUGAAAGAAGGGAAAUGUUCUUGCCUUGACUAUUGGUAGUUAAUCAGCUUAUAGUUUUUUAUUGUUGUUGAAUUCAGUCAUUUUGCUGGAGUCAAAGAGUUGGUGGCUGACAUCAAUGUUCUAGUUUGCAGCAUAUCCCAAUUCAUUUGACAUCGGCAGCCUCCUGCUGCUUAAGUUUUCAGCUGUUUUUUUUAACCCAAUACUGUAGGGGAGCCCCGACAGUAAAUUCUAUACAGGAGUUUGAGCAGUUGAGUCAAGCCAGACGCAAACGGGAUCAGCAAUAUCAGACUUCAUUCUAAAGUAGAUGAGGGAACAAUGAUGUAAGCUUCCAGGAAGAAGGGAUUGUGGAAGUUUAAUUUGGCAGAGGCAAUCAUGCUGUAGAAAUUCCGAGAUGAAUUCUGGGGCAAACCGAUAUGAUCCAGCAUUCCAUGCUAUGACAGUGCCAGAAGAGAUGAUCACUGGUCUCAAGAGAUUCAGUAGAGCAUAGAACACAGUUGUACCCGUCUUCAAUGUGCAUAUUUCUCCGUUGAAGCAUGUCUCUGGUGUUGAGCAUGUCCAUGAGAAGCAGCCAGUCAAAAACUUGAGCAGAGAGGGGCACUCGUAAACCUCGGAGAAAGAAGAGUCCACCACCCCAGGGGUCACCAGCAUUAGUUUGAGGUGUGCAUCCUGGAGGAUGGAGCUGAGGAGCUGCAGCUUGUCAAUAACUUGAGCAGAGAGGGGCAGGUGGAAA